AUGAUAGAAUAAAUAAACAAUAUUAAGUAAUAAAUUUCUAAUGAAUGCUUUAUUUCAAAAGAAUAUAUAAGAGAUUUACUUGAAUUGUUGUCAAAAAUUAAUUACGAAUAAUUUUAAUAUUUGGAAAGCAAUCAAUUUUACUUAUCUCUAAAAGCCUUAGAUAAAAAUUCAUUAAUAGAAACUGCUUUAAAAAUAUAAGACCAAUAUCAAGAAACUGAAAAGAGUAAAUAAUCUAACUAAUAAUAAGCUAAGCCCUUAAAAAGUUUUAAUGUAGCUUAGUACUUAGUCGAAGAGUACGAAUUUAGUCAAUAUUUCUUUGAAUCAAAGAUUUUUUCAUAUGAAGAACUCAAUAAAGAUUUAAUAAAUAGAAUUCAUAAGCUGAAGGUUUCAAAAAAGUCAAGUUUUUUAAUAUCUAAGGAUGCAAAAGAAAUAGGGGAAAGAAUCAGCUAAAUUCCUCAUUUAUCUGAUCUAAAAUUAGAAUUAUAAUAAAAUAUGAUCAAAGGAAUUGGAGCUGUGGGAUUAGGAUAAGGAAUAGGCACAUGCUUAAACAUGAAAAGUCUUUACAUAAAUUUAAGCGAAAAUAGUUUGGCUUAAGGGGAAUUUAGUGGAUUAAUAGAAGGAAUAAAUAAAUGUGAAAAUCUCUAAAAUUUAUCUUUAAUUUUAAAUCAAAAUAAUUUAGCUUAAAAUAGCAUUCAUUAGUUUGGAGUUUAGUUAGGAAAAUGUUUGAAACUAAAUGAAUUGUAUUUAGAGAUGAACCAUUAAAAAUUAAUCGAUACAUCAUGUUAGGGACUAGGAAUAGGUAUUAGCUAACUUUAGGGUUUAAAAAAACUUAAAUUAAAUCUUUAGUACUGCGAUAUCUACGAAGAAGGAGCUAACGAAAUUGGCAAGGCAAUUUAAAACUGCUCUAAAUUAGAAAACAUCAUUUUAUAAUUAAAUGGAAAUAGAAUAAAGCAAGUAGGAGCUGAAUAAGUAGCCAGAGGUAUAGGCAAUAAUAAAAACCUAAAAGAAAUAACUGUGGAGCUAAUGACUAAUUUGAUACAAACUAAAGGAGGUGUUUUCAUUGGAUAAGAAUUAGCAAAUUGCACUAAUUCAACAAGUUUGAGUUUAAAUUUAGUUGCUAAUUCUAUAGGUCCGUAAGGAAUUACAGCAAUUAGUUAAGGUCUAUCUUCAUGCAGUUAAUUAAAAAAGCUAAAUCUCUAAUUAGACUCAAACUCUAUUGCGUCAGAAGGAUUAGCUAGUCUUGGAGUUGCUAUUUCAUAAUUAUAAUUUCUAGAAAUACUGCUGCUAAAUUGCUACACUUGCAAAAUUGAUAAAAUUGGAGGAAUCAAGUUUGGAGAAAGCUUAAUGAAAUGCACCUAACUUAAAAGAUUAGAAAUGAACUUUCAAUCUAAUGAAUUAGCGUGUGAGGGUGUAGAAGGAUUAGGAAGAGGUUUGCGUUAGUGUACAUAAUUAGAAAAACUUGUUUUAGAUAUUACACAAAAUAAAAGUACUUAAUAGAGUAUAUCAUCUUUAUUUGAAAGCCUUUCAUAUUGCUAAAAAAUUAAAUAGAUAAUCAUGGAGAUAUCAUCUUAAUUUUAUUAAAGUGCCAAUAUUUUGUGUCCAAAAAUAGGAGUUUUAAGAAAUUGCACUUAUCUUAAUUUCUUAAAGAUAAAAUUAGAUAGUAUGUCAAUUGGACAAUAAUAUAAAAAUGAAUUAAAAGUAGAAAAGAUAAAAGCAUAAAAAUUUAAAAGACUUGUAUGCUUAAAAUUUAAUUGA